UGGUAGAAUUUUAUACACAAUUGUAUAAUUUAUAUAAUUUAUAAAAUUCAAAUUUUAAACAAAUUUUUAAACAAAACAUAUAUUAUAUAAAUAUAUAAAAUAAAAGACACUGUUCAGCGUGACAGCGUUCUGAAAUCACCAGAUUUGUGUAAAACAUAUUUGGGUUCUGAUGGCACAAAUUAAUCGGUGAAGACAAAAUCCACAUGACGCCGAAUUUGUUACGCAUUCUGCCCACUUCGAUCGUGUAAAGGAGUCCCCAUGGGAAUUUAUCCUUUUCUGAAAUAGGAAUGAGGGUAGCAAGGAAAAUGCUUUGACUCUGACAGUCGAAUGCAUAUAUUUUUGUAACUUGUUGGUCACGAGGAAGAUGGCGGACGUGACUGAUUCCAACAACAAUAACGAGUCAUGCAGUUCGGAAGACCCUGAAAAUGAAGCCUUACUGCUCAGAAAAGGUCUUCCUUCCUUCAAGGCGCAACGAUGCACUCAUAUCUGCAACGGGCACUGUUCACCACAUACCCCUCUAGAAAAUGCUUUGAAUGCAUAUUACAAACUUGUUGGUCUCCUCCAGAAAAGCACCCACUGUGACGCAGUACUGAGGACGUCGGACGGAGGGGUUUUCCAUGUCCACAGAGUCGUCCUGAUGGCGGACUCGGAGUACUUCCGCGCUUUAUUCACCACCACACUUCACAAAUACUGCGAGACGGACGUGAUAAUUCACAACGUCAGAGCUGGAUUGCUCAAAUUUCUAUUGCACUUCAUGUACACGAGGAAAGUUUGGCUCCAUGAGGACAUUGUAAUACCGGUCUUGGAAGCAGCAGACUACCUCGGCCUCGUGGCAUUGAGGAAUGAGUGCACAACAUUUAUUGAAAGCCAAAUCAGCCCCCAAAAUGUGCUCAGUAUCCGUCAAUUUGCACGAGAUUGGUUUUGUCACGAACUUCACACAACAGCUCAUCAAUUUCUAAUGAGAAACUUUGCGGACGUCACCAGAGACAGUGACGAACUCUUGGAACUGAAUCUAAUAGAAAUCUUAUCCAUUUUUGGGGAUGACGAGCUAAAUGUUAAAAAUGAGGAGGUGGUGUGGGAAGCAGCCAUUCGCUGGAUUGACCAUAACCCUGAGAAUCGAAACAUUUAUAUUGUGAAUCUUCUCCGACAAAUUCGAACCGGGUUGAUGGAAACCCAAUAUUUCAUGGAACAUGUCAAGGAUCACACCUACGUCCAUGGGAAUGAGGGAUGUCGACCAAUAAUCAUUGAAACGCUUCGAUUUCUGUUACAGUUCACCACAUCGUCACCUCUGUCAAUGACGGACCAUGUUCCUACUCCUGGAAUCGCCAAGCCUCGAAUUCCAUAUGAAAUCAUGUUUGCAAUUGGAGGAUGGUCUGGAGGUGCACCAACGAGUUACAUUGAGACGUAUGACACGAGGGCUGACCGUUGGGUUCGAGUUGAAGAAGUUGAUCCCACAGGACCAAGAGCCUACCACGGGACCGUUGCGAUUGGAUUUGAAAUUUUUGUAAUUGGUGGGUUUGAUGGAAUCGACUACUUUAACUCGUGUCGUGCAUUCAACGCUGUUACCAAACAAUGGAGAAAUGUUGCUGCAAUGCAUUGCAGAAGAUGUUACGUUUCCGUCGCACUAAUCCAAACUGACAAAAUUUAUGCAAUGGGAGGAUACGAUGGACACCACAGACAGAACACUUGCGAAAGAUAUGAUCUGAGUCUUAACCAGUGGACGAACGUGUGUCCAAUGAAUUGUCAACGAUCAGACGCUUCUGCCACUUCCAUCAAUGAUAAGAUCUACAUAUGUGGAGGAUUCAAUGGGAUCGAGUGUCUCAACUCAUGUGAGUGUUACAGUCCGGACACAAAUCAGUGGACGACGAUUGCUUCCAUGCGACACAGGCGAUCCGGAGUGGCUUGUGUUUCGUAUCACAACUUUCUCUACGUCAUUGGGGGAUUUAACGGCAUUUCCAGGAUGGCCAGCGGAGAAAAAUACAAUCCGGAAAACAACUCGUGGACAAUAAUUCCUGACAUGUACAAUCCCCGAAGUAACUUUGCUAUCGAAGUAAUUGAUGAACUGCUGUUCUGUAUUGGGGGGUUCACUGGGACUUCCACGACAUACAAUGUGGAGUGCUAUGACGAGAGAACGAAUGAGUGGUACGAGGCUACAGAUAUGAAUAUUUUUCGCUCAGCUUUAUCCGCUUGUGUAAUGACCGGACUCCCAAACAUUUACGACUUUAUUCAUCAACACAGGGAUCGUCUCAUGGAAGAGAAACGCCAAAAGCUGAUUGCAAUGCAACAACCCCAACUCUCACCUAUUGAAGUUGCAGUUGCGGUCACGCCGCCGCCAUUCUAAUAACCUUACUGAAAAAUAUAGGAGCCUUUGACUACUGGUCAAAUUUCAUUACGACCAGAACGAGGACCUACUUAAUUGUGCAAAGUGAUAUCGCCCACCAUCAUCAUUAUCCUUGUCUUUCCAAUAAUUGCCUCAAAAUUGUAAGUAACAUUACCAAAUCAAAAAGUAAUAUAUGAUGAUAAAAUCGGUCAAUAGUAAAAUUGCAUAUUAAUUUAUUAUCUUACUCUCUCCGCUUGAUCGUAAAUUCCAAACAAGUACACAUUCGUUUACCGAUAUUUCAUUAUAAAAAUAGUUGCAAGGCAAAUGAGACUAGAAAUGACAUCCUCUCCGUGAAAAUGGACUAAAUAUUCUUAUAAAACAAUCUGCAUAAUAGAUAUAUAUGUAUAGGUAUAUUAUAUUCGGUAUUAUGAUGG